AUGCACACUCAGUCCAACAUUUAUCCCAAGAGAUCGCUCUCCCAAACCUCAGCUACUUCAACCUCCUCUCACACUAGCCAGUUCUCUCAAGAGAAGAAGCGCUCCAAAUUGUCGAACUCUCUCUCAAAGGUCUUCCGAUCUAACUCUCCUCUACCAAUCGAUAUCCCCACGAGCCACCAAAACACAAUGUCACAGCCUCGAGAUAUCCCGCAGAGCAAUCACAAAUCUUCAUACUUCCCAGACCAAGACUACACCUCAACCAGCCCCAUCCAGAUGCCUUCCAGCAUGGGCUCGCCGAAGGCGGACUGCCCUAAGCGUGCAUCUACUCCCACCCGCAAGAACAGCGAUGACUACAAACGCUACAGUGGAACUGUCAACCAUUACGGUCGCCACUCGAAUGACUGGCUGUUCGGUGGCUUCAGUGUUCGCGAUACUGUCCGUGAUAGCCUCGAUAAGCUCCGCAGCCAGGACAAGGAGAGCUGA